AUGCUUCUUGAACGUCAGAUUUUGCAUCAGAUGAGUCACAUACGUCAUAAGCGAAAGUUAGCGAAGGAACGAGUUCAAGUAAUUUUUGUUUGUUUUACGUAGAACGUUAGCUAAUCAAACUUAUUUUCUUAGUCGAAAUCACGCCACAACAAUGACUGGUAUGCCAGAUCAACAGUUCCUAUGGAACAUAUUCCAGAAAGUCGACCGAGACCGAAGCGGGUUCAUUUCAGCAGACGAAUUGCAACAAGCCUUAUCCAAUGGGACAUGGAACCCAUUUAAUCCGGAAACCGUCCGAUUAAUGAUUGGGAUGUUUGAUCGGUCAAAUCGAGGGUGCGUAAAUUUUCAGGAUUUUGGUGCACUUUGGAAGUACGUUACAGACUGGCAAAACUGUUUCCGUUCAUUCGACACGGAUAACUCGGGGAACAUCGACAAAAAUGAGCUGAAGUCAGCAUUGACUGCAUUCGGAUAUCGCCUCUCCGAUGGGCUGUACGAUAUACUAAUAAGAAAGUUUGAUCGAUACGGAAACGGCACGAUAUUGUUUGAUGAUUUUAUCCAAUGCUGCGUCAUACUCUACACUCUAACAUCCGCUUUCAGACAGUACGAUACGGAUCAGGACGGAGUGAUAACAAUCCAUUAUGAACAGUUUCUAAAUAUGGUAUUCAGUCUAAAAAUUUAAUCGAAAUUCUAUGAAAUACUUGUCUCGUCGAUUCUGUGAAAUUCUCACAUGAGUAUUUUUUAAUCAGAGCUAAAAAUAAUCUUUUAAGCAUUCUGUUAUAUUAUUUUACCAAUCAGUGAUCAUGGCAAACGAUAUGUGAAACCCAUUCUUAUUAAACUAAUUCCUUAAAAAAAAUAAUGUUUUGUUCGGUUUUACACGAAGAAAAAAUCAUUAGCCGAACAAUGUUCAGUUAAGUAUCAGUUAUUCAGAAUUGUCACAACGUUAGAAACUACUACUUGUGGUAUUAUACAUAUGCAACAAUUUUCGUUCUAAUAUGUAAUGAAGAAUCAAAAUAAACAGUGCGCCUGAUUACCCUCACUUCUAUCGAUAAGGAACGUUUACUUCUAAGCGAUAUAAAAUUGUUACAGUAUACAAAACUAUAGACCUACCUGUUAUCUUACUUUUAAAAGUCUACAAGAACAUAUAAAAACAAGAGAAUCAACAAAAAUUUGCCAAACUAGUUUUUGCGCAAUUUACAUAUUUUGAAUACAGUUUUCGUUUUGCCGUAUACAAA